UGCGACACCGACGUCGAGUUCUGGGAUUAAUUAAUAUCUCCCAUUGAGGUUCAUGGUUACGACCAUAUAUCUAAAGUCUGCUUUCCAAACCAGACGACCAACUAACAGCAGCCACUAACAAACUAACGGCGCGUUGACCGGUAGCCAGGAACCCGCGUCUGCCGGGCUGCAGUGACAGAGACAAUUCAGCAAUAGCGACAGCCACGAUGACGGCCCCAACCUCUAGUCCUUGAGUCACUGCUCCCGUCUGGUGAUGGGAUAACUAUGAUCAAAUGGCGCCGGCAUCACCAAUCGCCGUUCCUCCAGUUACGCCACGCGUUCUACUCGAUUAUAUCCUGACCUCGACCUCAUACCCCACGACCCUCCUCGUCUGCUCUCCGCGAGCAGCCUUCCUUUCGUCUCUACAGAACUCAGCAUCUACCUCUUCGACAUUACAAUCCUCGACAUCGACGCUCCACCUUCUUUCUCUCUCUCCGCACAUACAAACCAUAUUCACACCCACGCUCUCCCACCUCCGCGCCUGGCUCUCUGUCGCAGACAGCAGCUGCGCCGCACCGGCCCCAGCUUCGGAUCCAGUAAGCAAGGAUGCAAUAGAUACCGUUAAGCAUGGCAAUGGGAGAAGCCAGCUGGUCGUUUUGGGUCUGGUGAAUAUGCACAAGGGAACAAGCGAAUGGAGCGUGCAAGGCUUGAGUUCAACGGCAGCAGCAUUGGUAGAAGCAGGACAACGGAUGGGAAGGAAGGUUGUACUGGUUGAAGAAGCUGGGAGUGACGCGACCAGGGAGGGUGAAGACGAUGAAGGCGAGCCUGUAGGGAUUGAAGGCGUUGAGGCUGAAGGGGAUUUGGAAGAAAUACAUGGCUUGAAUGAUAAUGGCGAGCUGGUGGACGACCGCCCGGUUGAGGUUGAGCAGGUAAUAAAACGGCAGUGGGGUAUCUAUCACAAGCGGUUACCGAUGCUAAAUGGUAGCUCCAAGACGGAUGCCAAUGACUUAGAGGCAGCGACUUGGAGUGGAAGGACAGUGGAAGUCGGCAUUGUGCUGAAGCGGUGGUUUAGGUUCACAGGCGAAGAUAUGAUACCAUGAGGCCAUGAUUGCAAAGGAUUUGGUGGCUUUGGCAUGCACAGCUGGAGAGGCAGUACAGAGAAUGGACGUGACAUAUUUGCUACACAUACAUCGAAUACGUUGGAGGCCGACAUAUAUUCACCGUCGGGCCGGAGUAGCAGCAUAGCUAACCCGGUGUAAUUUAGUCCUACGGGCCUGACAAAUGCUACCAGUUGGCCCGGGGCAUAGUUAGGACUAUCAUGCUGUGGACUCUGUCGAAUGGGUGUCUACAUUCCUCACUUGAAUGUAUGCUAUGAACUCAAUUUCAUGUCCCAGUCUCCAAUGAAUGACAUAAUUCGGAUAAUGAUUUGAAUGCACUCUUGAUGAUAUUUUGUACAAUCGGCAACUCUCGCU